CUGUCAUACAGUACUGCCAGUGCCAGACAUGGCGGCGGAGCUACAGCCCGAGUGGAUAUCUUGUCUGCCGUCUACAUGGAGUUACGGGGUCACUCGGGAUGGACGUGUCUUCUUCGUCAACGAAGAAGCCAAGAGUACAACCUGGCUGCAUCCCGUGAGCGGCGAGGCGCUGAUCACCGGCCACAGGAAAACUCCAGAUCUACCCACGGGAUGGGAAGAAGGAUACACGUUCGAGGGGGCACGGUGCUUCAUCAAUCACAAUGAACGGAAGGUGACCUGCAAGCAUCCUGUCUCCGGUGUCCCCUCUCAAGACAACUGCAUCUUUGUCGUCAGCGAACAGACUGCGGCCAAAGCACCAGCGAAUGAAAGAAAACCACGUCCAGUAAGCACCAUGAGCGAGGCCUCCAACUACACAGGCUCGGACCAUGCCAACAGCCCGGCCGGCAAGGUGGCAGAGGGACAAAAAGAAAGGCCCUCAAGACCUUCCAAGAAAAUCCAUAACUUUGGGAAGAGAUCCAACUCUAUCCGGAGAAAUCCAGGUGCUCCAGUCAUCAAGAAAAACUGGCUUUAUAAGCAGGACAGUACAGGGAUGAAGCUGUGGAAGAAGAGGUGGUUCGUUCUGUCCGAUCUCUGUCUCUUCUACUACAGAGAUGAAAAAGAAGAGGGCAUCCUGGGCAGCAUCCUCCUUCCGAGCUUUCAUAUUUCAAUGCUGUCCGUGGACGACCACAUCAACAGGAAGUACGCUUUUAAGGCCACACACCCGAACAUGAGGACGUACUACUUUUGCACAGACACUGCCAAAGAGAUGGAGUCGUGGAUGAAAGUGAUGACGGAUGCAGCUCUUGUGCAUUCAGAACCAGUCAUAAGGUUGGACAGGCUAAAAGUGGAGCAAUGUGGACCUCAAGAAAUCAACCAUGUGGCCAAUCACAGACCAGCACUCACACAACCAGAAAUCCAAAACAACGAACGCAAUAUAGAGGUGGCCCGGGAGCACGCCGCACCUGUCAGCCCCAUCUCAGCCGAGGAGGAGCGGAAGCAUCGGGACGCAGAAAGAUACGGUUUUCAGAAAGAUGGAGAAGAGCGUGAACGGCCCCUCACCAAAAUCAACAGUAUCAAACUACAGCCAAACCAAGCGGCAGCUGUCACGGCUAAUGUAGUGUCAAAGAGGACGCCCGCAGAGACCGAUGGACAGCACAAUGGGCCCCAGGUGAAUGGAGGAGGGGAGACGUGUCUGGACGAAACACCUGCCGUCUCCACUCAGCGAAGCCCCGCCCACCCUGAGCCCGACCGCACCCUGAGCCGGACUAACUCCAUGCAGCAGCUAGAGCAGUGGGUGCGCACGCAGAGGGGACGUGGGCAGGACGAUGAUACGAGGAGUGUUACUUCAUACCAGACAAUGCCAAGAAACAUGCCCAGUCAUCGUGUCCCAUACAUGCCUCAGUAUGGGGACGGGUACCGCAGCAUGCCCCGGAACAGCAUGGCACAGCGGGACAGUAUCUGCAGCAUGUCCCCCUCUCUGUAUGAUCAGGCCCUGGGUCCCUCCCCAGCCGACAAACGCCGCUCCAUGAGAGAUGACACCUUGUGGCAGUUGUAUGAAUGGCAGCAGAGACAGGCCUAUAACAGACACUCAGGAUUGUACAGUAACAUGGCCAGUCCCAAAACCAUGAUUAACCUGUCAGAUCAUGCCCCGCCCAGCCACUCCAUCCCCCCCUCGCCCUCCCACGGCUCCCUGUCCAUGUACGGAGGUUACUCGCCCAUGAGGUCCUACAACAUGAGCACUGCACGCUCUGAGCUGUCCUCUCCAGUCUACAGGAGGGAUAUGGGCAUGGACAGGAGGCUCAGGCCGCCAGUCAGCAAGUAUGCUUAUCCGCCUGAUCGGAGGUCAAUGCCUGCAGGAAUCCCAGUCCAAACCAUCUCAGCUCAAUCUCUUCAAGGCAAAACAAACGACAUUCUUUCCCAUCAUCUCCAUAGGAACCUCAUGUAUUUGGACAACCAGUUAAGUCCAGAUGACUACAGGGAGCAGGUCUACACCCCAGCGCCACAAGAGCUGGACAUUGACGCCAGACUGAGCAGACUGUGUGAGCAGGACAAAGUGGUGAAGACUCAGGAGAGCAAACUGCAGCAGCUGUACAGAGAGAAGCACACCCUGGAGACGGCGCUGCUGUCGGCCAGUCAGGAGAUCGAGAUGGGCUCAGAUAACCCCACAGCUCUGCAGAGUGUCAUCCAGCAGAGAGACUUACUGCAGAGUGGCCUCCUCAGCACCUGCCGAGAACUGUCCCGAGUCAGCACGGAGUUGGAGCGGUCCUGGAAAGAAUACGACAGACUGGAGGCAGAGGUGGUUCAGGCGAAGAGCAGUCUGCUGGAGCAGCUCGAAGCACUCGGGAGCCCUCAGAUGGAGCCCCCAAGUCAGGAGCAUGUGCACAUUCAGAAGGAGCUGUGGAGGAUUCAAGAUGUGAUUGAGGCGCUCAACAAACAAAAGGCUCAGAGAAGUGUGGCUGACGGCACGGGCGUCCACGGAGCCAAGAACAACUUCGGCAAGCACAAAAAUGAGGAGGAGGAGGAGGACUCGGUGCCCCCCCGGCCACCCCUCCCUCAGUCCUACGAGCCCAACCCUUCCACCCCUGUGCCCUCCACUCGCUCCCUACACCGGCCCGAGGACAGGAAGGCCCCGCACAGGAAUGGCACGCACGCUGGUACAGAUUACCGACUGUACAAAAGUGAACCUGAACUCACCACAGUGACUGAGGUGGAUGAGAGCAACGGAGAGGACCGGUCUGAGCACCCAUCUGAGAGAGACCACUCCGGAAACAAAGGGAUGUCCUACCCGGUUGGCAUCGUCCCUCCUAGGACCAAGUCUCCUGUGCCCGAUUCCUCCUCCAUCGCCUCCUAUGUAACACUGAGGAAAGGAAAAAGGCCAGACUCAAGAACAGAGCGUCCACGCAGUGCAGUGGAGCAGCAGCUCAAUACGGGUGACAGUGGGCGGCCCAGGAUGAGUGUGGAGGAGCAGCUGGAGAGGAUCAGGCGUCACCAGCAGGCGGCGCUGCAAGGGAAAAAGAAGAGUCAGAGUAUGCGGUGUACGGGAGGCAGCCAGGAGAGCACACCCACACGCAGCCAGUCCUUCACUAAAGAAAACCAUGUCCGCAACGCGCAGUGGCGGCGCAGGGAUGAUGUGGUGAGCUGUGAUAUUCAGGAGCUGGAGGCUUCUCUGAGACAGCAGGAGGAGGACAGGGAGCAAGAGACCCCUGCAGAGGAGAUAGCCCGCCUCAAAGAAGCCUCUCUCACUCAGCACUUCAAUGUGGACAGAGAGCUUUCUGUGCCCGAUAAAGUGUUGAUUCCCGAGCGAUACGUGGAGCUGGAGCCAGAAGAGGCGCUGAGUCCAGAGCAGGAGGCAGAUAAGCAGAGGAAAGUGGACCGCAUCAAAGCCCUCAUCGCCAAAAACAGCAUGCAAAAUGUGCUGCCGAGUCUCGCUCUAAGCCCAGAGGAUGUGACAGAGGAGGAGGUGACGAUCCAGGAGAAGGAAAAAAUGAUUAAUAUCUCUUAUGAAAUCGCAGCCGAAGCCUCGAAACGCAGCAAACUUGUAGCAGUGAGGAGCCUGUCUUCCUCCUCCCCACCCCAGUCUCCUAACUCACCCCCUCAGCUCAUAGAUGGGUCUCACUUCAUGUGUGUGUAAUAACACCACACAGGCACUGGCUUCAGUUAAAACCUACACAUGAAGCUCGCCCUCAGUACCGUGGCCGUGGCUUACAGAGAGUGAACCAUCCGCUGUUCGCCCACUGUGACAUCUAGAGCUCUUAUUUUAACACUGUUCAUUUAAAGGUACACUGUGUAACUUUUCAGGUUGCUUUGACUGUACUGUUCUUCAAUAUGGUAUUAAACUUAUAUAAGAUACAUUUAUUCAAUUAUGGGUGUUUUUAUUGCUCAAAAACACCUUCAACAGCAUGCAUUCUGACUGAGUGGGGUCGCCUCUUCACAGAUCUCACCUGUAAAUUGGCCUGGUGGCAUCUACUCUUUGCCUUUAUGAAGAAUGACAAGUUUAAUACCAUUCUUUCGAACAUUGCAGGUAAAGCAGUAACAUCUCCAUGGAAACAAGCAACUGAAAGGCCCUUUACCAGAAAACGUACAUAGUGCAUCUUUAACUCUACACUACUCCCCCUAUAACCCACAGCCUUCCCCAUCCUUCAUGCAGUUUCAUUUAUUUAUAUUCUCCGUUCCUGUUUGAAAAUAUGAUCUGACUUUGUAUGUAUAUACAUUUCUAUACGAGGAUGAAGGACUACGUUCUAUUGUGACAGAAUUGCGACUGUUUUGAGAGUUUUAUUUGAGUUUGAUUGGUUUAAACGUUUCCCACAUGCUUCUGAUGCCGUUAUAGUAUUUAUGCUUUAAAAUUUGUGUCGAUAAAUAUGUCAUAAUUUCCCCUAGUCACUGUAAAAAACCAAAACACUCACUACAAAUAGAGUGUGUAAAGUCAUAACUGCCUCCAUUAUAAAUAAGGAGGUGUCAUAUAUAUUACUAUUGCAGACUGUUAUUUGGUAUGUAAGUAUUUAAAAAUGAUUUUCUGCAGGCCAAUAGAGUAUCUGAAUGUUUUGAACAUAGUCUAUACUGUUUUUAAAAUGCAAAGGAAUAUAUUUAAACUUUAAGGAAGAAAAAUCUGUUCUAUUUUAAAACUUAUCAGUUUGAUGCCCUGGAAAUUUAAAGAGAAAAGGUACUUAGCACAUGUAAGAAGCAAUAACAUAAGAAGUGUGUGAAUCCAGGCCUUCCUUUUGUGUGUACAAAGUGUAAUUACCAGAGGUUUACAGUGUAUAUAAUGUACAAUUGUGCAACAGGAUGGGGCGAUGUAUCCACUCUAUGGUUACAUUCAAGAUAUGAUUUGCUAAUGUUCAUAUCCCAUCUGUUUUAUAUCAUGUUAAAUAAAUGUUUUUGUUCUUUAAA